UGGAAUGAAGUGUUGUCUAUGACCAUUACAAAAGCAGUCAGCAGAAAUAAAUUUUUCAAAAAAAAAAAAUAAUGAUGGAAAUCUUCGCUUAAAAUUUACCUUAAAAUGGAUUAAAGAAACAGUCAUGGAUUCUACCAAAUCGGAGGGCUAUGAGUUUUUGGACUUAAGCGACGUGGAUGAUAGUGAACGGAAUCACUUAAAGGAGAUUUUUGGUAAUCCACAACUUGACUACACCUUACAAUUACCUUGGGUAUCGGAUCAAUCAGUUUCAAGUAACAAUAGCCAGUAUUCAGAACCGGUCGGGGAUUAUUCAUCCCAACAGUGGCUUCAACAUCCCAAUAUUCAACAAUCUCAAUACGGCGUCCCGAUGCCACACAGUGGAAUGUUGCAUACUCCAUUUUAUCCAGUUGUUAUUCAACCCUAUCCAGUAGAAGAUGGAUUUUAUUACAUAGCUGAAGAGUUCUCUAUGACUGAAUCACCUAUUCCAGGUGAUAGUGAUCAACAUUCUGGAAGAGAUAGUCCAUCGAUAUCGGGUGUAUCAACUGGCGGUAGCAGUGGCGUCAUGUCACCACAUUCAGGUGUUGGAGGUGCUGUACAUUCACCACAUGUGUACGGUCCUCAACAUCAGCACCCUCCGCCACCACCAAAUGUUUACUCGAUACCCGCUGCCCCAGCUGUUCAACCUGGAUAUCCACAACAGAAUGUUUAUGUGAACAAUGUAACAGCGCAUGUCAACUACCACAGCAUUAGUCCACAAUAUAUACCAGGAUUUGCACCACCACCACCGACUGCUGUGCCUCCACCACCAACGGCAGCUCCACCUCCACCAGCGGCAACCGAACAAGAAAUUCGUACAAAUGGUAAUGGUGGACGACAAAUGCGUAGUAGAAAUAUAUCACGUCAUCGACAGACUGAAGUGGAUCCGUCACCACCAAUGAAUCCACCAAUGUUUAAAACGUUGAUAAUGCCACAACCUCAACCGUAUGCCACAUACUACUCACCACCGGCUGCAAUGCAUCAUCCAUCGGCUCAACUUGCCACUGGUUCGCAUUUGUUUUUCACACCACCAUAUUUUUCACCGAAUUCUUGCGUUUAUCCACCACAUGGUAUGUACGUUCCAGCAGGACCUAUGCCAGUUCCUGAAUUUCCAUAUUCAACAGAUGCCCAAGGUGUUCAUCAUCCUGUUCAAGAAGCUAUACCCGUUGAUCCACAACGUGAGAAUGCCCAACCAUAUCAAAAUCCGAUGCCUGGUGGAACCACAAUCAUAGUGAGUAAUCAACAACCAUCCAAACAAAAACAGAACACCAAUAAGUCAUCAUGCAUCAAUACGCAUGUACAAAUCAAACACGAAACAAAUGAAAAACAUCAUGAUACAAAAUCAGAAGUGGUUGUAAUUACACCAGUCCCUGAAGUUAGUGCAACUACAAUCGUAACAAAAUCACCAAUUAUUACCAGCGGAGGGGAUAUGGUGAAAAAGUCUGAAAAAAUUCAUAAGACAAAAACAUCGCCAAAAGUUGUGAAUACUACGCCCAAAGUCCCUGUAACGGUAGCUGCUAAUAAUGGUAAACCUUCAACGCCAGUUGUUGAAAAAAAAAUUGAAAAACCACAAAAAGAUGUACAGAACAUCGCCUCAAUUAAUAAAGAAUCGAAACCAGUUGUAAAUAAUCCUCCAAAAUCAGUAUCCACAACUCAACCUGUUCCUGCAACACAACUUGUAGCUGCUCCAAUACCCGUAACACAGCCGGUUUCCAUCGAAAAGACUGCUAUCAAACCUUCUGAACAAAAAACUAUACCUAAGUCAAUCGAAAAACCAAAAAUUCAAAUCCCAGAAGGCGAUACAACCCUUAAAGAAAAUGUAAUUGCCGCCUCUCCAAAAGAAAUUUGUGCCGUAUUUAAUAAAGCGAUGAGUAUUAAAGAGGAAGCUGUCGGGGAGAAGAAGAAUUUAGUAAAUGGAAUAACGCCUAAAAUAAUCGAAAGUUCUCCAAGUGUAACCAAUAAUAACAGUACUCAAAAAUCAUGGGCUAGUUUAUUUAAUAAAUCAGCUAAUAAUAAUUCAGUUUCAUCACCAGUCAUAAAUAACACGGCGAAUUCGAAUACCAUAAAUUCUUCGAAUACUGCAACGGCAGCAAAUACACCAAAAGUUGUAAACAAACCAUUAGCAAGAGUUUUGCCAUUCGAUAGUCAAGCAGAUAAGAAGGUUGGGAAUAAAGAUUUGAAGAACAAUCAAACUAAACCACAAAAAGCUGUGGGUAGUGCAUUUUUCGAUGAUCCAAAUUCAUAUCGAAUGGGAGAAUUCCUCAGCAAAUAUGUGAUCGAUAACCGUACAAUAAGUUUACUACCACGCGGAUUGACAAAUCGUAGUAAUUUUUGUUACGUGAAUUCAAUACUGCAAGCAUUAUUGGCAUGUCCGCCAUUUUAUAAUUUAAUACAAGCUCUUCCACAACAAAAAAGUUUAAAAGAAAAAUCCCCUUAUCCAAUCAUCGAUAGUAUAAUUGAUCUAAUCAAUGAAUUCUCACCAUUGCCGGCUGGUGCUCGUGUUGGACGUCGCGAAAAGAAUAAUGCAGCUGCAACUGCUAAUCAAAAGGGCGAAGUGCUAGAGUUUGUGAAUUGCGGACCAGCUUUAGAACCAUCAAGUGUGUAUCAAUCAUUGAAUAUGAUUCGGUCCGACUCGUUUAGUGUUGAUGGCCGACAAGAAGAUGCUGAAGAGUUUUUGGGAUGUUUGCUGAAUAGUUUGAAUGAUGAAAUGGUUGAGUUAAUAAAAUUGGUGGAAGAUAAUAUGGCCGAAUCAUCUCCGGCUGAUGGUAAAAAGAGUGGAAAUAGUGGAGAUAUCAGCGAUGAAGAUGAAUGGAAAGUAAUGGGACCAAAAAAUAAAGGAUCAAUUACCAGACGAACAGAAUUCAGUCGAUCACCCGUCAGUGAUAUAUUUCGGGGUCAACUACGUUCACGUGUUCAGCGAGCUGGUGAUCAAUCAACAGAUAAUGUACAACCAUUUUUCACUUUGCAAUUAGAUAUAGAAAAAGCUACAUCAGUUAAAGAAGCACUUGAAAUUUUGGUUGGAAAAGAUCGUUUGGAAGGUGUUACGUGCUCACGUACGCAACAAGCUGUGGAAGCUUGGCAACAAGUAUCUAUUGAAGAAUUACCUUUGGUUCUUAUUCUACAUUUGAAGUGUUUCCAUUAUGAACGAGAUACAUGUUCGAAGAUUAUCAAGAAUGUAGAAUUUCCUGUUGAUUUAAAGAUUGAUUCGAAAUUGAUGUCAGCAAAUAAAAAGUAUACGAACAAACAAAAACAAUACAAACUAUUUGCUGUUGUCUAUCAUGAUGGUAAAGAAGCAACAAAAGGUCAUUAUAUCACCGAUGCUUUCCAUGUUGGCUAUGGUGGAUGGGUACGGUAUGAUGAUAGCUCCGUCCGAGGUGUAUCCGAGUCACAAGUAUUGCGACCACGUGCACCACGAAUGCCUUAUUUAUUGUAUUACAGACGAUGUGACACUAUCGGAAAUCAAGGAGCACAACAACCACAAACAAAAAAAGAGUAGAGACAACAUUAUCCAUCGUGUGCGUGUAAAAAAAAAAAAGAUAAAAAAAAAAAAAAAUUGAAAAAAAAACAGUGAUUAAGAAAAUUAUAAAAUUUAAAGUUUAAAUCAAUUUUCUUGUUUGUUUCAGUUUCUCUAAAAACAUUUUUUGGUUUUGAUUUAAUUUCUACUAAAAAACAAAAACAAAAAAAACAUAAAAAAAUGCAAAACUGUCGGUAAUAGGAAGGGCCCGUAGAAUAUUCUAAUUAUGAUAAUAUUUUCUUAAAUUAUUAUUAUUAUUAUUAGUGGUAGGAAUUAUUUAUUAAAAAUAUGACUGCACAAUAAACUAGGAAAAUAAUGAACUAUUAAAAUCGUAGCGAAUCGAGGAAGACUCGUAGAUGUAAUCCAUGUUCAGUUUACUAUUUUGAAAAUAAGUAAAUUAGGAUUUGCUAAAAUAUAACACAAGUGGAUCUACAAAUAUUUACCACCACUUUUGUUUUUUUGGAGUUCACUGUUUUAAUUGGUUACGAUCUUUAUUGUAGACAUCUAAGUAACAAUUUUUUUAGAAUUUUUUUAGAUUUAAAUAUAAGGAUAAUGAUAAGAUUUAUUUAAGCUAUAAAUACCAUGCCAAAAUAGUCAAUUUUUAUGGCCCAAAUGAUCUUAAAAUUAGAUUAGUUGAAUUAAGAAUAAUUUUUCAUGUUAAACUGAACAAAUUAUGAAAAAUGUUGCCAUUCUGAAUUUAAAAAAAUAAAAUAAACUUCGAAAUAGUGCUGGCCACUAAAUUAUUAAUUCAUCAUUAAACGUUUAAUGUAUAUUUUCGUCCGAUAAUUCGCGAAAAUUUAUAAUUCAAGUCAAUCAAAAUUGGUGUUGGUGAAUUUUCUAUCUUCUAUUCCAAGUUUUAUUGUGCAUUUUAAGAAUAUUUAUUUAUUUUUGUACAAUAUUUUAGGCUUGGUUUUAACUUUUGGAUUAUCUAUAAAUUACGUACACGGACAUAUGUUAAGAGGAAAAUUUAAAGCUUCAUCUUUUUGAGAAAGUAAUUUUUAGAAGUUGGAUUAGUACCCCUCUUUAUUCUGUGAUUGGGUUAUGGGAUUUACAGCGCAAAUAUUUUACAAAAAUUAGACAAACAAAAUAGUUUUUCCAAAUAUUAGGAUCUCUAAGAGUCAAAGGUUAUUAGGCUUGAUUGAGAGAUAAACAAAUUAUAGGGCAAAGAAGGGAUUAUAAGGAUAUUAUGAAUCGAGUUUUUCUUCAUAUUUUCCGCAAAACUUGAUAUCGUUAAUCAUCAGAUUUGAUUCAGGCGUAUAAUGUUUAUUUGUAAUCGCCUAAGAGAAAUAAUUUUUUAUCUUGCCCCGCGAAAAUCAUACUUUUCAGUCCUCGUAUCGAAAAGUAGAGAUUAUAAAUUAAUAUUAUUCGUAACCAUUCUUGUUAGAUCCUUUCGAUAGACCGCCUUAUUGAGGAAUAACACAAAAUGAUGAAUCGUGUAGAAAAAAUAACGUAAUUUAAAGAUAGUUCUUAUUCCAAAAAACCUCAAUUUAGAAAGAAUUUUUAAAUUGUUUUUGUGUAUUUUGUUUAGUAAAAAAAAAUAUUUCAUUAGAAAAUAUGUUCUACGGGCCCUUCCGAAUCACCAUCAUUAAGUUGUUAAACAAAUUUUAUCGGGUGUUAAAAAAAAACUAUAUGUAAAAAAAAAAUUAAAAUAUAUUGAUGCCUUUAUUAUCCUGAGAAAGUAAUUAUUUUAGAUGAGAAAUUUUUAUAUAUAUUCAACUGAAGUGUUAAUUAUCGAAGGUAAUUAAUUUUGAAUCCAUAAUAACUUUGUGUAUAUUUAUUAAAUUUUUGUUGUUAUCUUAUCCCCUUUUUUACUACUAGAUUAUCAUUUUAGAAUUUAAAAAAAAAAAAAACAAAAAAUAUAAAAUUU